CGCAGGACGACGACAUUGUUGAGCGGCAGCCUCGGCGUCGCUGGUGCGUCACAAGCUGUGGCCAGGCGCGGGCAGCAGCCGCGGCUGCUACAACUUUUGCUGCUGCUGCUGCCGCUGCUGCUGCUCCCAACAACAAUAACAACAACAACAGCAACAUUAGAAACUCCGCCAACACCUCAAGAUGAGGUUGAUGCAACAGAGUCGUCGACGCAGCACGCUGGGUUAUCCCGUGGCGCUGCUAGUAGCAGCCAUGGCGCGUACAACACAACUAAUAGUAUUCAUGCCUACGACAACGGCGAUAACUACAACAACAACAGCAACAACAACAACAACAACAACAUUGAUUUCAACAGCAACAGCAACAACAACUCCAGCUAUUCCAAUGCGAGCGCCAGCGUCGUCGCCCACGCCGAUGAAGAUGUGGAACAGAUGCUUCCACAGAUUCCAUCGUAUAUACGCACAACCGCCAUGUUCUUCUGCAUAAUCAUCAUGCUGCUGGGCGUCAUCGGCAAUGUGAUGGUGCCCAUUGUAAUAGUUAAAACGAAAGAUAUGCGCAAUUCCACAAACAUUUUCCUUACCAAUCUCAGCAUUGCCGACUUGCUAGUGCUGCUCGUCUGCACGCCCACCGUUCUCGUCGAGGUCAACACACGUCCAGAGACCUGGGUGCUUGGCCAUGAGAUGUGCAAAGCUGUGCCAUUUGUCGAGCUGACUGUGGCUCAUGCCAGUGUUUUAACCAUCUUGGCCAUCUCAUUCGAGCGCUACUAUGCCAUCUGUGAGCCAUUAAAAGCUGGUUAUGUCUGCACCAAGGCUCGUGCGAUUCUCAUCUGUGUACUGGCCUGGGGCAUUGCUGCGCUCUUUACGAGCCCCAUACUGUGGGUGGCAGAGUACAAACUGGUUGAGUAUAUUGAUGGAUCAUCGGUGCCAGUUUGCCUGACGCAGGCGAUUGGCGUAUCCACCGUUGGUUUCUUUCUGAUGACCAUCUCCGUAUUCUUCGCGCUACCAUUUGUAAUGCUGGUCGUCCUCUAUGGCAUCAUUGCACGGAACCUCAUAUCCAACGAGGGUCCCAUGCUGCGCGCCCGUCCCACCAAGCCGGAGCUGAGUCUGAAGGCUCGAAAGCAGGUGGUCCUCAUGCUGGGAGCCGUUGUGCUCUCCUUCUUCGUCUGCCUGUUGCCCUUUCGGGUGCUCACGCUCUGGAUCAUAUUGAGCACCGAGCAGACGUUGCACGACAUCGGCCUGGUGCGAUAUUAUAGUCUGCUCUACUUCUGUCGCAUCAUGCUGUACCUCAACUCGGCCAUGAAUCCCAUACUCUACAAUCUGAUGUCUACCAAGUUUCGCAAGGGUUUCGCUCGACUCUGCCACGAUGCAGGCCGGUGGCUGCUGAAGCUGCUAACGCUAGGUCGCUGCAGCCGUAACACAGCAGCGGGAGCAAGAGACUCACGCGGACGCAGCGGCACUGGCUCUACGGGCAUCGGUACCAACACGAACUCAUCCAAUGCGACGACAGCUGGCACCAAUUCGAGCAUUCUAUCACGCUGCUCUAAUCGACGUUGCAGCGAUGAGAUUAGCCGCACACGCUUGAAGAUUGAGCUGCAGCUGCCAUGUGGCAGCGAUCUGGAGGCAAUGGCCAUGCUGCACAACUCCACGUUGAGGAACAAACAGAGGCGUGAGAGCGAUAGCAAGCUGCUCGCCAGCAAGAAUCUGCGCCGGCCCAAGCAACAAAUCAGUUUCGAUGAGGCAGCAUUGGGCGGAAACCGCAAGGAAGCUGUAAAUCUUGCCUGAAGCAAUCGAAAGCCGGAAGAGGAGACGGGUUUCUCCAAUGUCAGGCGAAAGUGGAGUCCUAUGGGGAAGAGAAUGAGCAAUCAUGAAAAAUCGCCUGUAACCCGUUUACACUUUCGCUUCAGUUGGCUUGGAAUGUGAAAUGUGACUGGCAGCUGAUCCUUGGUACAAAUUGCGUUUUGAGCGCUUUUUUGUGAGCAUAAUCGAUUCCAUUCACCCGUUGACAGUCAUUGACAGCGCCAGCUUCUGCUCCUGCUCCAGCAGCAGCUCCUUGGACAUUUCCGCACAAAAAAACAAUCAAUUUUUCGGGCUAUUAAACUCGAAUGAAUGUGCCAAAGAUAAAUAACAGCAACGACAGCCAAAGAACGACAACAACUAUGACUACCACUAGAACUACAACUACAACUAAAGCAACAGCUACAGCAACACUAACAAAAUAGUCAGGGCGGAGGUGGGGCAGGCAGGAUGAAGGCGGGGUUACGGGUGGCCAUUAAACGGUUGGCGCAUGUAAAGCAAGGCUAAAAUGGAAAUGGCUUAAUAUGCGUUUGGGCAACCGAUUUGGGAGGCCAUCAAGACGGCGGAUAAACAUGAUUUAGGUGUAUUGAAAUACAGAGUUUCAGUUCGUUUUACUCUUUCCCUUGCAGUUUGUCGGCCAUUUUAGGGGUCCAUUCCAAAAUGGCUGCCAUUACACGAGGCGACCAUUCGAAGAAAAAAGUGUUGCCUACUUUGUGGCGGCGCAAAUAAAAUAAACAAUGCACA